CUAACUGAUUCUUUAUUUUAGGUAUGAAAAGGAACUGAUGCAUCCAAUUCAAAAUCUUUUUUCUGGAGAGCUUUCUCGUGCUCUUCUUAUCCAGGUUCAGAAGCUGAAGCUUGACAUUGAAGAGGCUAUGCUGGAACUGGAUCAAAUUCUUAGGGCCAAUGAAAUCAACUUUGCUAUUUUAGCUGCUUUGCCUGCUUUCUUCCUCUCCCUCGUCGUGAUCAUGUUGGUGCGCGCUUGGUUUAAACAGGAUAAGAGAGCAGAAGGCAGGGGAAGGGUUGCUCGAAUUCAACGACGACUGCUAAUUGUGGAAAUAGAGAGAAAGAUUAUGCAAUUAGAAAGCUGCAAAGAUCAAGGACAAGAAAAAGAUGCUCAAUGCAUGUUGGGGUUGGCAUUAUAUUAUCUGGAUCGCUUAUACUGUGCUGUGGAAGGACAUGCAAGAGCAACUGGUGAAUGGAUAAGUUUGAGGCAGGAUAUCAUCGAUUUGGCAAAGCCAGAUAUUCAAACUGUGCAUAAACUCAGGAUUACAUCACGGAUGGAACGGGUAUAUGAUUGCUUGCUUCCUUUACCAAAACGACAGUAGUUGUGCAGUCUUCACAUUUACUGUUUUCAUUCAAACAACUUUUUCCUUUUGUAUAAAAUGGGGGAUGAUGCCCCCUUACACUCUCCACCCUUUCCUUUUUGUUUUCUGGGGUGAGAUUUUGUCCACGAGCAUUAUUUGCUGCUCGUUACAGUGUCCUCCACGAGAUCUGAAAUUGUAGAACUCAAGAGAGAACAAGCUCCUAAUAUAUUCCCCAGCAAAGAAACGGGGAAUACAUCCGUUAAGGACUUAUUGUGUUUCUGCAGCGACUUUUCAUUUGACAUGAGUUGUAAAAAAGAUGCUCCCUAUACGGUUUCCUUUGAUUGACAAUUGCUAACGCUCAUAUAAAAUAGUCAAAGAUUUUGGAUUGCUUCAUGUA